CAACUUGCAAUGGGGGCCUAGAUCGUGAGCAAGCUGAGGAUGACUGCUUUUGUCCUAGACCAUGGCCAAAAUGAUUUCGAGUUGCUGGAGCAAAGCAGCAAACUGCUCAUCUUCUACAAUAAGAACACAGAUGAAGAAGGACAGGUCACGCACAUGAUCCUGGUGGCAGGGAAAGGAAAGAAGCUGAAGCAGAAAGAGAAACAGAGGUUGGAGGAGUUCGCCGAGGAGAAGGGUAUCCCGAUGUCCAGCAUUCAGUAUGUCCAGAAAACAGAUGAUUGUCCUGAGAAGUAAAGACGUGCCUGGGUGAUAGCAUGUUCAGGAGGGCACCUGCCUCCAUCUUCCCCAUUCCAGCAGAAUGGACUCUGGGAAGAUGACCGUCCUCACGCGUCACCCAUGUUUUCCUCUAUC